AUGGGCAUCUUUCCCGCCGCAACAGCUAGUCUGGCGGCUCUGGCCUCUCUGGCCUCUCUGGCCGUGCUCCCGGCCGCGGCCGACUCGGCAUACCACCUCGACCUCGAGGCCUACCAGGACGGCGACCUGGGCGACGUUCCCAUCCAGUCCUUCCACUCGUCCGGCAUCAAGGCGCCCGUCUAUCAGGUCAAUCACUGGGAUCCGACCAAGAUCGACCACGACAGCCCGUACAUGUUCAUGGCGGGCCGGUACGGCCAGUGGGGGCCCAGCAUCGUCUCGUCCAAGGACCUGAGCCUCGUCUGGGCCGACCAGCACUACGACGGUCUCGCCCAGACGGCGCGCACCUGGGACUUCCGGGGCCGGCGCGUCAUGACGUCGUACGCCGACGGGCACGUCCGCGUCUACGACGAGAGCUACAAGCAGAUCUACGUCUUCGCCGGCCGCGGAGACCUCUCCGGCCUCACGCCCGACUCGCACGAGGCCAUGCUCACCGCCGACGGCCACCUCCUCAUGAUCCUGUGCCCGACCCGCGACGCCGACCUCUCGGCCGUCGGAGGCCCCAAGGACGGCAAGCUGGCCGACUGCACCAUACAGGAGGUAGACCCCGACACCACCGAGGUCAUCUUCGAGUGGGCCACCACCAGGUACUUUGCGCCCGAGGACAGCGAGUGGGAGUAUCGCGGUGAAGAUGUCUGGGACUUUUGCCAUAUGAAUUCCGUCGAAAAGACCCGCGAGGGUAACUACCUCGUCAGCUACCGUCAUCUCAGCACGGUCAUCAUGGUCAACGGCAAGACCAAGGAGGUCAUCUGGGUCAUGUGGGGCAAGAAGAACAUGUUCGAGGACGUGAGCGGCAACAGCACGGGCGGUGCGCACUUCGCCUUCCAGCACGAGGCUCGCGUCAGCGGGCUCAAUCGCAUCACCCUCUUCGACAACCACCGCACCGACGGCAACGGCUUCUGCGACGACGACGACGACGGUGGGUGUUCGCGCGGUCUCGAGAUCGAGUACGACGUCGACGCCAAGACGGUCUGGGCCGUCAACGAGUGGAAGCACCCGCAGUCGCUGCUGAGCGCGUCGCGCGGCGGCGUCCAGCGCACGCCGUCGGGCAACGUCGUCGUCGCGUGGGGCCAGAACCCGAUGUACACCGAGUACACGGCCGACGGCGAGCUGGUCAUGGAUAUCCAGCGCGGUCCCGUCAAGGCCUCGGAGCACGGCAUCUUCGACGUCAUCGCCUACCGUAUCUGGAAGGGUAACUGGGUCGGCAAGCCCAGCUGGGGCCCCAACAUCUCCUACGUCGGCGACGGCGACGGCGGCGGCGACCACCGCUUCUACGUGUCGUGGAACGGAGCUACCGAGGUGGCCCGCUGGGUUCUGCUCAUGUCGGAUGAUGCGAAGGAGCUCGACGGCCCCGGAAACGUCUACGCCCAGUCCCCGCGCAACGGCUUCGAGACAGAGUUCAGGGUCGACAAGGUCCUCAGGUACGGACGCAUCGCCGCUCUCGACAGCGAGGGCCGCAUCAUCGGCUCCACGCCCGCCGUCCAGACGGACACUGGUAGCCUCAUCAGGCUGAGCCAUGGCGUCAAGGCGGUCACCAGGGCCGAGUCCCUCAGCAUCGACUCGGCGAUUCCCUCUUCUGCAGCCGUCUCUGUGCCGACGGGCGAGUCGAGCACCGACUCUGAUGCCGGCCACGUCAUUGAUGAAUCCGGGGCUUCCGAGAGCGACGACGAGGCUGUCCGACACUCUCUUCCCAUACUGGGCGCUCUGGUUGCUGGUGCCAUUGCCGGUGCCGUGACAGUACUUGGCCUGCUGGGCAUCCUCCGCUGGCGCAGGGGGAAUCGCAAGAAGCAGGCCGGCCGCACCAACGAAUCCAAGGCUGCAUACGGCCUUCUCGAGACAGACGGGGCUGAAGACGACGACGAGUCAGUGCUGCCAAGGACGAACAGUAACGGCAAGUAUGCAGGUCCAGAUGAAGCGGAGCGGAAAUGA